UCCCAACUUUGCCGCUUAAUCAAAACAAACAAAUUAUCGCUCUUGGAGUUUUUUCCUGCAUUUUCUUUGUUUAUUCUGUGCUUAAUUAAAAAGUUUUGUGUGGAAAAUCUCCAUAGAGAGGAGAAGUUUGAUAAGUGAUUGGAAAAUAGGGGCAGAGUUCACGAACUUUACGGAAAAAAAGGAAGUUUCCACAAGGAAAUGGUCAGUGAUAAGAAGAGAAGAUCCCGUUCAAGGGAGAGGAAUGAUGGGGUGAAGGAGAGGGAGAGGGGACGUGAUAGGGAGAGGCGUCGUUCGCGAUCAAAAGAACGUACGGAAAGAAUUCGUUCGCGGUCCAGGGAGCGCAUUCGUUCACGUUCCAAGGAGCGUGAACGUCCCAAAGAUACUCGGUCAGAGCGAAAGGAUCCCAAGGAGAGGGAGAAAUCUCCAAAGGAUCGCACCAAGGAGGUAAAACCCACUCCAUCGACGAGCAAAAGUGAGGAGAAGGUAAAAGCUGAAGUGAAGGCGGAGGAAAAGGUCAAAGAUGAGGAAAUUGAGGAAGUUUCAACAAAGAAAGUUGAACCACUCUCACUGGAAGAACUCCUGGAGAAGAAGAAAGCCGAAGAGGCUGCCAGAAGUCGUCCUGUUUUCAUUUCAAAGGAACAACGAGCAGCUGAAGCUCUUAAAAGGCGUCAAGAGCAGGUGGCUGCUCAGCGUGCAGCUCUGGCCAAUGUUCCACGCUUUGGGGAUGUUCCUCUUACGAAUAUCGUACCAAGGGAGCGUCCAAUGCCGAAGGAGCGUGAACCUCGUGAGCCUGAAGGUCGUGCAGACAGGGAGAGAAGUGAUAGGAUUGAGAGGAAUGAAAGAAUGGAGAGAGAUCGCGAAAGGAAUGAUCGGGGUGAUAGAAGGGGUGGUGGUGGUGGUGAAAAGGCACCUGAACGUGAGAGAGAUGACCGAAGAAAGCCCGCGGUAGCUGAUGACAUGGCCCCGAAGGAUAAGGAGAAGGAACUCGAAGCGAUCCGGGAGAGAUAUUUGGGCAUAAUUAAGAAAAAACGUCGCGUCCGGCGUCUCAAUGACAGGAAGUUUGUCUUUGAUUGGGAUGCAUCGGAAGAUACAUCUGUGGAUUACAAUGCUCUGUACAAGGAGAGGCAUCAUGUGCAGUUCUUUGGGCGUGGGAAUAUCGCGGGGAUUGACAUAAAAGAGCAAAAGCGGAAGCAGAGUAAAUUCUACGGGGAUUUGCUGGAGAAGCGUCGCACGGAGGCGGAGAAGGAGCAGGAGAAGGUGCGACUGAAGAAGGUGAAGCGCAAAGAGGAGAAGCAAAAAUGGGAUGAUAGGCAUUGGUCGGAGAAGGAGAUUGAUGAGAUGACUGAGAGGGAUUGGCGAAUCUUCCGGGAGGAUUACAACAUCACCAUUAAGGGCGGGAAGAUUCCCAAUCCGUUCCGGACGUGGAAAGAGAGUGGCUUCCAGAAGGAGAUUCUGGAUAUUGUGGAGAAGGUGGGCUACAAGGAGCCAACACCCAUUCAGCGUCAAGCUAUUCCGAUUGGACUGCAGAAUAGGGAUAUUAUUGGUGUAGCUGAGACGGGAUCCGGGAAGACGUUGGCCUUCCUCAUUCCGCUCCUUGCGUGGAUUCAGAGCCUGCCGAAGAUUGAGCGUCUUGAGGAUGCAGAUCAGGGUCCGUAUGCCAUAAUCCUGGCCCCAACGCGUGAGUUGGCGCAGCAAAUUGAGGAGGAAACUGUGAAAUUCGGCACUCCGCUGGGGAUUCGCACAGUUGUGGUUGUUGGUGGGUUGUCCAGGGAAGAGCAGGGCUUCCGUUUACGUCUUGGGUGUGAAAUUGUCAUCGCCACCCCGGGGCGUUUGAUUGAUGUCCUCGAGAAUCGCUACCUUGUCCUCAAUCAGUGCACGUACAUUGUUCUCGAUGAAGCUGAUCGAAUGAUUGACAUGGGCUUUGAACCAGAUGUUCAGAAGAUCCUGGAAUUUAUGCCUGUCUCCAAUCUCAAGCCAGACACGGAGGAAGCAGAAGAUGCGCAGAAGUUGAUGGCGAAUUUCUACACGAAGAAGAAGUACAGACAAACAGUGAUGUUUACAGCCACAAUGCCUCCAGCUGUGGAACGUCUGGCCAGAUCGUACCUCCGUCGUCCGGCCACGGUGUACAUUGGCUCCAUUGGUAAGCCCACAGAGCGCACGGAACAAAUUGCCUACAUGAUGGGUGAGAAUGAUAAGCGCAAGAAGCUCAUGGAGAUCCUAUCGCGUGGCAUUGAGCCACCAGUGAUAAUCUUUGUGAAUCAGAAGAAGGGCGCCGAUGUCCUGGCCAAGGGCCUGGAGAAGCUUGGCUACAACACGUGCACCCUGCACGGUGGCAAGGGUCAGGAGCAGCGUGAGUACGCCCUGGCAUCCCUCAAGAAUGGCAGCAAGGAUAUUCUCGUGGCCACUGAUGUGGCAGGACGUGGUAUUGACAUCAAGGAUGUCUCUCUGGUCAUCAAUUACGACAUGGCUAAAUCCAUUGAAGACUACACGCAUCGUAUUGGACGAACAGGACGUGCAGGGAAGAAUGGUGUGGCCAUUUCCUUCCUCACAAAGGACGACAGUGCACUCUUCUAUGAUCUCAAGCAGUGCAUCAUGUCCAGCCCGGUGUCAGCUUGCCCGCCGGAGCUAAUGAAUCAUCCGGAGGCGCAACACAAACCCGGAACAGUUGUCACGAAGAAGCGUCGAGAGGAGAAGAUCUUCGCCUAAAGGCAGCAGCGAUAUCUCCAUUAAAAUAUCUCCAAAAUAUCUCUUCAAUAUCCCCCAUUGAGCACUGCGUGAGUAAAUAAUGUAUCUAUUUCACUAAACACUGUGCGAGAGAAUUUUUGUCUUUUAUUCUCUUUCUUUUCUUUUGGGAAAUUUUGCAUGCAGAGAUGGUUCGAAAUUGCAUUAGGAAAUGAAGGAAAAUAAUUAUAAAUUUGAGGAGAUUAAUAAAAUAAAAUUAUAUUGAAA